GUCAGGAGCGAUCAGAGCGACUUGUCAGCGUCAGCGACGGAGGCUUCAUCGUUGGUAACAGUCAAGGCUGGCUGCUGCAACUUUAACCCCGUGAGUGAGUCUGGCAAGAAGUGGCACCAAGUGCAAAUGAUCAUGCUGCCCUUCAUCCCCAUCGCCGCACUCAUCGUCCAGAAUUGCUGGUUCAUGUCCACCGUCGCCGAACACCAGAGGGAAAUACAAUUCCUCACAUCUCAGGUUCACAGUACGGUGGACCUCGGGAUGCUGCUGACAGCACUACAGCUGGAGCGCGGAGAUGUCGCCUAUUACAUCUUUUCUAACGGCACCAAACACAGAAUGAAUGGAACAACCCAGAAGGAUCAGUUGCCGGGCGACCAGACAAUGCAGGCGAAGGAUGGUCCUGCAAGUGACGACUACACUCCCUCACGUUCAACCACACCGAAGAUCAGGACCAACCUUCGAGACACUUUCCAACGCACUGACCACAUCCUUGAGCAAGUGAACGCUUGGCCCAAUUUCUCCGAUAUCACCACGAAUACUCUCCUCGGAUCUAAGCUCAGGUUUCAGAUCAAACUUGAAGACCUCAGGCAGAAGAUGAACGAGCAUGAGGAUACUGUGGCUGAUAAGAUGGCGUGGUACAACUUCAUCAACUACUGCAUCAUGGAGGCUAUCAUCUCUAACAUCAAGGGCGUUUCAGUGGGGGAAGUGUGGAAAUUGCUGGUGGCGUACAAAGACAUGAUCCGAUCAGUGGAGUAUUUUGGCAUCGCCAUGAUUGAGGGUCUCUUCUACUUUGGAAGCGGCAGCCUAACCCACGAGAGGUUUGUCAACUACAUCACCUAUGACAUCCUAGCCUGGAAGUCCCUCAACCAGACCAAGGACUUUGUGCAGCUCAUCCGCGAGAGAGUGGAAGAUUUUAGAUUCCAGUAUGAAGAAUUACAAAAUAUUACAGAGUGGAGUGAGGUGAUAAUGAGGAAUAAGGCGCAGGAAGUGGACCUGAGUGUGGCAGACGAUUACUUCUACAUGAUGGUACGAUUUACAGAUGAACUGCGGGAACUACAGUGGCUCCUCCUUGAUAUGAUCAAGAUGUACAUGAAGAAAGAAACUCGAGGCGCUGACACACAAGUAACCAUCUCCAUCAUUGUUCUGGUGGUAGUGGUAGUCAUCUCUCCCAUUAUCAUCUUCCUCGUCCGCCACGCCACCUACACCAUUCAGGUUUUCGCGGCCACACUGACAGCGAAGGGGACGGAGCUACGGCGGGAAAAGCGUCGGUGUGACCGUCUUAUAUAUCAGAUGCUGCCUCAGCCUGUGGCACUGCAGCUCAAGAAGAAACAGUUGGUGCCAGCCGAGAGCUACAAGGAGGUGUCUGUCUACUUCAGUGACAUAGUGGGAUUCACCACACUCUGUUCUGACUCUGAACCCAUGCAGGUGGUGACACUGCUCAGUAAACUGUAUAACAUGUUCGACUCGCGCAUCGAGAGAUUCGACGUGUAUAAAGUGGAGACUAUCGGUGACGCAUACAUGGUGGUGUCCGGCCUCCCUCACCCCAACGGUCUACGUCACGCGUCUGAGUUGAGCAAUAUGGCGCUGGACCUAAUAGAAGGAGCCCAGAGCUUCGAGAUCCCUCACCGCCCUGACCAGUCGCUCCUCAUCCGCGCAGGAAUUAACUCUGGCCCCUGUGUUGCGGGUGUGGUGGGCACCAAGAUGCCUCGAUAUUGUCUCUUCGGCGACACCGUCAACGUCGCCAGCAGGAUGGAGAGCACCGGGGAAGCCAUGAAAAUACACAUCUCCCAGACAACCAAGGAGCUCCUCGACAAGGUCGGUGGCUACACCUGUGAGUUCCGCGGCUACCAGGAGGUCAAGGGCAAGGGGUCCAUGCCAACAUUCUGGCUGCUAAGAGGACCUUCCGACCACUCCAAGGAUUUUAAAAUCCCUAUCGGCAGACUCUGAAGCCUUACAUAUAUACCUGUAUGCCCUUCCGUAUCACACCUGUCCAGCCAGGUGUCCACAAAUGAUCCAGUCAUCAGCGUACGCAGGUAACCCAGCCAGCAAUGUACAUCGAUGUACCCAGUCAGGUGCAAACAGAUGGUCCAUUCAACAGUGUCCAGUGUAAAGAGAUGGUCCGUUAAGAGUGUCCAUUGUAAACAGGCGAUUCAUUCAAGAGUGUCCAAUGUAAACAGACUGUCAAUUCAACAGUGUCCAUAAUAUAAGUAGACGAUCCAGUCGUGUCCACAGAUGGACCUGCGAACUGUACAUACAGAUGUUUCAGACAACAGUGUACACAGAUGGUUCAGUCAGCAAUGUUUCCAAGUGUUCCAGACAGGUGGUCCAGAUGAUAUUCCAUGGAUGUGUUACUGUUGGUAAUGUCUAAAAGAGUUCCAGUCAACAUAAGUCACAAGUGUUCGAGUCGACAAGAUCCACAAGUAUUACUGUCAACAAGAUGCAAAAGUGUUCUAAAUAGCAGUGUUCACUAGUAUUACAGUUAUCAGUGUCCACGAAUGUUCUAUUUAUUAGCAUCCACGAGUGUUCCAGAAAUAAACAGUGUUGACAAAAAUUCCAGCGAGCAACGUCCACAAGUAUUUCAGCCUGCUCUUUGAGAAGCAUUAACCUCCACUGAUGUUUAAUGUUGUAUGACAUCAAAGUAGAAUCCUCACAACUUGACAUUUAAGAAGCACAAAUGUAAGUGUAACGCUAUAGUUUCGAACCUAUGAACACCAACAAGGAAGCUAAGGGUGUUCAGACCCAGCAAUAGCGCCAGGUCCGAUUAGUACAAGGCUUGAAGGUCUUAUGCGUAUAACCUCACCAGUAUUAUUAUCUAUUGGUUUGCGUUUUGGCUUCGGUAUAUUGUUAAUCUUUGUAUAAAGAACUCUGUAACUGCUUCUGUUUUCAACGUAUAAGUGAAGCCUCGUUUAAUACUCGAUUCAUGCACUCAGAAAUUCGAUCCCAGCUGUUACAGCCAUUAAAAGAUUUACCUUUGUAGCAUGAUACAGCUAGAACUAGAAUAUUAUUGUUUUUUCACACUAUGCCUCGCAUUCAGGUUCCUAGAAAGCAUUUUCUGGUUACCUUCUUAGGAGUGUAAUGUGUGUAAACAGUGUGCAGGUAACUUCAAUAUCUUUUACCUUACGAAGUUUUUUGUUUAGUUUCUCUGAUAGAUUUAUUUUUGCACAACAAACCCAUCAUGUGAGCGUCAAUCAAACAACUGCAGAGGCACGUAAUAGGUCCAAGAACUGGGGAAUCCUAACAUUCUGCUGGAUAAACGGUAAUGAACAGUUUGUGAGAAUAAGACUCAGUUACAACAGUAAUGAGCUGCUUACAAUCUUUUUUUUUUUUUUUGUCUCUUACAUGAAAAUGGAUGACUAUUUUUAAGCACAGUUUAGUAAGGAUUUUUUAUUUUGUACAUCCUGCCGUCCUCUGCUGUUACCACAUCAAAUCAAACUUCCUUUUUAUGCUGAAUUUCUCAUCAUAAAUCUUAAGUUUGCCUUAGAGUUGGCAAAAUUUUGAUGACUAUGACCUCAUUGAUUUGUUUCUACAGAAAAAAGUUGUAGAAAUCAAGAGUUUUUAAAUUAUUGUUUAGCAGUAUAUGAUUUUCCUUUUAAUCAAAACAAGCAAGACUUGAUUUUUAAGUAACCUGAAGAACGUGACUUAUUUUUUUUUUUUUUAGCUCUUGAUAGAAGAUACGAGAACUAAUAGUAACAAGUAGAUAAGUUAGACUUUUAAAGGUGUAGAAAACAUAUUGAGUUGAAGUCAGGUAUGUUUUGUAUAUCCGAAGAAUGCACACAUUGCACUCUGAAAAACUCCAGUUUAAUUAUUUAUAAUGAAUAGUGUAAGUAGCAGUCUUUAGUAAUACUAGUAAAUAGAAAUGGUAACCUGUACCUUACCUGUGAUCUGUUUCGAAAGUUCUGUCUCCUCAGCAUUGUCUGAGACAAGUCGUCCCUGUUGACCUGUUCAACCGGGAUCUUUGAGCUAGCGGCUCGCAGGCCCACUUAGCCCUCACAACCGGUUGAUUCGGCACUUGUAGCAGGAAACUGUCCAGCUUCUGCCGGCAACUUUUUUCAUAUUUGCUGGUAGUAUGUUGGAGAGUCUUGGGCUACGAACGAUGACGGAGUGUUCUCUUACUGUGCCCAUGAUCCUUCCUGUUCUUCACUGAGUUUACUCCACUCAGUAAAUUGUUAUUGCAGUGUGCAGGAUAGAGACCAGUAGUAAUAUUAGUAUUAUUAGGUACUAUAAUAGGUAGCAAUGAUAAUUAGUGUUCUUUACUUAGUAUCGUAUAAGUUGCAGUAAGUACCUCAGUAAAAUUAGCAAGUAAAAUCAGUUUUAUUUCGCUUUUCUGAAACAGUUACUCUCACUGUUCUAAUACAUCCACGUCAUUCUCAGGUGCACAUCAGUCGCAUAAACUCAGCACAACUAAUAAUGUUUUUAACUUGCAGUAUAAAUUAGCUGCAAUAAAUAUUUCAGAAUAGUCAUGUGGGCCUAGUGUGGGUAAGGAGGCCGUAUCAUCCUCAAAAUACACCUUUUGUCUUAAAAUGCAUCAGCUUCUGAACGAUCAAAAGUAUGGGAAACGCUAAAUAUUUUAGGUGAAGCUUCCAUGAUGUAACUAAGUUAGGUAAGGUUUGUCAGGAAACAGGAGAAUUGGUCCCUGAUGCGGGUCCUAGUCAUAUGAUGACCCACAGCUUGAGCUUUUGGUCAUCUGAGCGAGGCCUUUCGCUGGCUUACCUGUCCACCCCUUUAAAAAUUAUGGUUAGA